CUAUGUGGUUGACUUUGAACAAUCCUACAGACGGUUUGAGAAACACAGUUCCGUCGGUCUGAUGCACAGCGUGUGAAGAGACAAAAAAAAAAAAAGAACUGCUAAUACUUCAAAUGGGCAACUUGUGGUCUUUUUGUCUCUUCCAGCGCCUACUUUAAAGCAAAUUUGCAUCCCAUUGGAGCUGAAGCCCUAACAUAUGUGCAAAGAUGGAUAAAUUGCGUAUGAUGUUCCAGUUCCUUCAAUCCAACCAGGAAUCUUUUAUGAAUGGGAUCUGUGGUAUCAUGGCCCUGGCUAGUGCACAGAUGUACUCUGCCUUUGAGUUCAGCUGUCCCUGUAUUCCAGAAUACAACUACAGCUAUGGGAUCGGGCUGCUGAUCAUCCCACCGAUUUGGUUUUUCUUAUUAGGAUUUGUAUUGAACAAUAAUGUGUCUGUGCUAGCAGAAGAAUGGAGAAGACCUACGGGAAAGAGGACAAAGGAUCCAUCAAUCCUUCGCUACAUGUUUUGUUCAAUCACACAGAGAUCUUUGAUAGCACCUGCAGUUUGGGUGUCGGUGACUCUCAUGGACGGAAAGAGCUUCCUCUGUGCUUUCAGCAUCAAUCUGGAUGUUGACAAGUUUGGGAAUUAUAGUCUCACCAAGGGGAUGUCCGAGACAGAGAAGAUAAAACUGCUGGCUAAGAUUCCAUGUAAAGACUUAUUUGAGCAUCAGGAAGUCAGAGUAGCGGCGUCACGCUACAUCAAGUGCAUAUCACAGGCUUGUGGAUGGAUGUUUUUGCUCAUGAUGACCUUCACAGCAUUCCUGAUCCGUGCUAUUCGACCUUGCUUUACUCAAGCUGCUUUCCUCAAAACCAAAUACUGGUCUCAUUAUAUCGACAUUGAGCGCAAGAUAUUCGAUGAGACCUGCAAGGAGCAUGCCAAGAGCUUCGCCAAGGUUUGCAUCUACCAGUACUUUGAAAAUAUUAGUGGAGAGAUGCGCAACUUACAUCGUCACUCCAGCAAGGAUGACAGUGACUAUGAGGAUGAUGAUAAGAGAAGGAACGAGGAAGACAAACUCCUGGGUAUAAGGGUCCAGGAUGACAUGAAUAAAGCUUUGUGUAACUGGCACAUAUGCAAGCCAGCUCUUGCGUUGAGAAAAGAGCAAAAAAAUGGUGAAAACAAUGACAAGCUGCUUGGAGAAGCCGGUGGAGCAGUAAACGGACUUGCAAAUGGCCACACUCAUAAUGUGGAGAAAAAGGAAUGGGCGAUGUAUUACAGUAAAGUUUGACCUCAAAGGGACAAAUAACUACAUGCUUGAAAUACUUUUGGUUUCCGGAGUGUAUCAGAAAUGUGUUUGUGAAUGAAUUUUCAGUCUCUUGACAGGCUCAUUUAAUAUGCUUACAACCCACUACUUUGGGUACAAUGCGCAUCUAAUGCAAGCUAACGCAAAAGCUGUACAUAUGUACUGUAUAUGUAUAUAGGAUAUGUAUGUUUGUGUAUAUACUGUUGAUACAGUAUUGCGAAAGUAUUCGGCUCCCUUGAACCCUUCACACAUGAAAAUAUAAAAUUGGAUAUUUUUUUAUGAAGUAUCAACAUCAAGUGCAACACACUUGCGAAGUGGAACGAAAUGCAUUUUAACCUUUGUUUUUAAAUUAAAAAAAAACAACAGCUAGCUGGAGACAUCCACCAACAAGACUUGCAGCUGUAAUCGCACCAAAAAGUGGUUCUCAGAAGUAUCGACUCAGGGGGCUGAAUAAUUUUGCGCACCCAGCUUUUCAGUUUUUUCCAUAUGAAUUUUGUUCCACUUCAUGUUUGUGUCCCACUUGGUGUUGAUUGUUCACCAAAAGUUCCAACGUUGUCGUUAAAUAAAUAAAUAAAUAAAUAAAUAAAUCGUUCAAGUGGGCCCAAUACUUUAGCAAGCGAUUGUAUGUGUGUGUGCAUAUGCAUGUAUAUUAUUGUUGUUUGAAGUGGCUUAGAGCAACACUGAAUCAAAUGGGUGUUGCACAUGUUAUUCUAGCUUG